AUGAAUGAAGACCGUGGUUUCCUUAAAAGGAAGAUUGGAUCUUUUGAGCAUGAUUGCUCGCAUCUCCACCGUGCCAAACUGGAUUUGGCUAAUAUAGCCAAGGAGGAGAUUGAAGCCGUGGUACACACUGAAAGAACGCACCACCAUGACCAUCGUAAUCAUAAAGAAACUCAUGGAUCCGUCAUGGGUACUGUGGACAUUGAUGAAAACACCCCAUUAAAUGAGGUCAAAGCCCCUAAUGUGUUCGAACGAGCAAAGGAAGAGAUUGAGGCUCUUGUUCAAACCAUCCAUACCAAGAAAGACUCAGAAAACAAUCAUGACGAGAGGCAUCAAUCUGUAAAUGCAGAGUCAAAUUUGGAGAAAGCAGAGCAAAGGAAGAGAUUGAAGCCAUCAUUCACCAUAGCAAGUCACCAGUCCAUCAUCAAAGAAACUCAUGGAAGGAAUGACUACAUUGAUGAUAGUACCCCGAUUGAUCAAGUCAAAGGUCCAAGCGUUUUCCAACGAGCAAAGGAAGAAAUCGAAGCCCUUUUUCAAACAAUCCAUCCUAAGAAAGAAUCCAGCAAUUUUGUGUCUUCUCCGAAGAAGGAAGGUGGUUUUGGAGCUUCUAUUGGGAAAGGGUUGGAAAAAUUGUUGAUGGAUGAUAGGAUUGGUUUCUCUGAUUCUAACGAGAAUAGCAAUGGAAGUAGCACUUGCUGCAUAGAAACUCUCUCAACUUCAAAGCCUUUUACAAACCCAGAAGUUGCAGCUCUUCAACAAUUAUCAAGACACCUUGAAACCAUUUUUGACUCCCAAGAUUUUGGCUACUUUGCUGAUGCCAAAAUCACAAGCUCCAAUUGCAACCGUGAGGUCCCAGUUCACAGGUGCAUUUUAUCUGCGAGAAGUCCUUUCUUCAAGAGUGUUUUUUCCAGUUCUGUGGCUAAAGACAGAAGUGGGGUACCAAAGUUUGAAUUGAAGGAAUUGACUAAGGACUAUGAUGUUGGGUUUGAUUCACUUGUGGCAGUUUUGGGUUAUUUGUAUAGUGGGAAAGUGAGGCCUUUGUCUAAAGAAGUUUGUGUUUGUGUGGAUGAUGAUUGCUCCCAUAUUGCUUGCAGGCCUGCAGUUGAUUUCCUGACUGAGGUUCUUUAUACCUCUUUUACAUUUCAGGUUGAUGAGUUGGUGGCUCUUUAUCAGAGGCACCUAUUAGACAUUCUUGACAAGGUUUCAACUGACGACAUCUUGGUGGUUUUAGCUGUUGCAAAUAUAUGUGGUGAAGCUUGUGAGAGAUUGCUAACAAGAUGUGUUGAAAUUAUUGUGAAAUCAGAUGUUGAUAUUGUUACUCUGGAGAAAGCCUUGCUGCAAAACAUUGUAAAGAAAAUCACGGAUUCUCGCUCGGAACUUGGUUUGAAUGUGCCUGAAAACAGAAACUUACCAGAUCUACAUGUAAAGAGAAUACACCGGGCUCUGGAUUCGGAUGAUGUUGAGCUAGUUCGAAUGCUACUGAAAGAGGCACAUACUAAUCUAGAUGAUGCACAUGCACUACACUAUGCUGUUGCAUACUGUGAUGCAAAGACCACAACAGAGCUUCUUGAUCUUGGACUAGCUGAUGUUAACAGCAGAAAUUCAAGGGGUUACACUGUACUUCAUGUUGCUGCAAUGCGGAAAGAACCUAAGAUUAUAGUAUCUCUCUUAACGAAGGGAGCUCAGCCGUCAGAUCUUACUUUAGAUGGUAGGAAGGCACUGCAGAUAUCAAAGCGACUUACAAGGGCUGCAGAUUAUCAUAAGUCUACAGAGGAAGGAAAAGCUUCUCCGAAGGAGCAUUUGUGCAUAGAAAUAUUGGAACAAGCAGAAAGGAGGGAUCCAUUGCUUGGAGAGGCUUCUCUUUCUCUUGCUAUUGCUGGUGAUGCCCUUAGAAUGAAAUUGUUGUACCUCGAAAAUAGAGUUGGACUGGCAAAACUACUGUUUCCCAUGGAAGCAAAAGUUGUAAUGGAUAUUGCUCAAGUGGACGACACUUCUGAGUUUCAAUUAGCUGGCAUCAGGCCCGAUAUUUUGUCUGGGGCGCAAAGGGGAACGGUGGACUUGAAUGAGGCAUCUUUCAGAAUGCAAGAUGAGCAUCUAAUUAGGAUGAGAGCACUCUCUAGAACAGUGGAACUUGGAAAACGGUUUUUCCCACGUUGCUCAGAAGUACUUAACAAGAUUAUGGAUGCCGAUGACCUAUCACAGCUAGCUUAUUUAGGGAAUGAAACUCCAGAUGAACGACUUUUGAAGAGGCAAAGAUACAUUGAACUCCAGGAAGUUUUAGCCGAGGCAUUCAAUGAAGAUAAACAAGAGUUCGAUAGGUCUGUCAAAUCAUCUUCAUCAUCCUCUAAGUCAAUUGGCACGGCAAGGUCUAAUGGUAAGCUUAUUGACAAGGGUGGUUAUCAGGCCUAA